AUGAAAUAUGUAUGCCAAUUUAAGGCUGCCGAUGCCGUUAUUGAUGCUGGCAUAGAUACACAGGUUGAUCGCAUCGCUGACAGUUUCUUAGACAAUCUCGAAAAUAAAUUUCUACCUGGAGGUGCUACUGGCACUAUCGGUCGAACCAUUGACACUGGAAUCAAUACGUUCGUCAACAACGAAAUCAACAGCGAGGUCAAUCGUUUUCUUUAG